CCUCCAUUUCGCGGCGCAGCGCCGGGGUUGCGCAGCAGUCGGAGUCGUCUGACGCCGGGGGAGGACGUCUCUGCCUGACCGCCGGCUGUCUGCCGCCUCGCACCGCGCGCCCACCCGGCUCAGCCUGCACCGAGACCCACAGCCCAGCGCCGCGCACACACAGCCAUGAGCGGCUGCCGCGUCUUCAUCGGGAGGCUGAACCCGGCCGCCAGGGAGAAGGAUGUGGAGAGGUUCUUCAAGGGGUACGGCCGCAUCCGCGACAUCGACCUGAAGAGGGGCUUUGGAUUCGUGGAAUUUGAGGAUCCGAGGGAUGCAGACGAUGCAGUUUAUGAAUUGGAUGGAAAAGAGCUUUGCAGUGAGAGGGUGACAAUUGAGCAUGCCAGAGCACGCUCGAGGGGCAGAGGCAGAGGGAGGUACUCUGACCGGUUCAGUAGCCGCCGCCCGCGCAGUGACAGGAGAAACGCCCCACCUCUAAGAACAGAAAAUCGCCUCAUAGUGGAAAAUUUGUCUUCCCGAGUCAGCUGGCAGGAUCUCAAAGACUUCAUGAGACAAGCCGGGGAAGUAACCUUUGCAGAUGCACACAGACCUAAGUUAAAUGAAGGGGUUGUUGAAUUUGCCUCUUACAGUGAUUUAAAGAAUGCUAUCGAAAAGCUUUCUGGUAAAGAAAUUAAUGGAAGGAAAAUCAAACUAAUUGAAGGCAGCAAAAGGCACAGUAGGUCCAGGAGCAGGUCGCGGUCGCGCAGCAGGAGCUCUUCCGGGUCUCGCAGCCGCUCUCGUUCCCGCAGCCGCAAGUCCUACAGCAGGUCACGGAGCAGGAGCCAUAGCAAGUCUCGAUCAGUUAGUAGAUCUCCACUGCCAAACAAGAGCCAGAAACGUGGUUCUUCCAGCAGAUCCAAAUCUCCGUCAUCCGUGGAUCGGCAGAGGUCUAGAUCGAGGUCCAGAUCUGUUGACAGUGGCAACUGAACUAUAAAUAACUUGCCUUGGGGGCCCUUUUUUAAACCAUACUUGCUAAAACUUGUGGUAAGUAUGUGACUUUCUGUGGGGAAGGGUUUGGAUGGGGAGGGAAGGGGAAACUUUGUAGAUGUGGACCAUGGUGGGAAGGGUUAUUGACUAAUUGUAUUACAUGUUUUUUGAUAACCCUUUUCUUGCUCACAUUUUUUGUGAAUGUCUGAAGUGUAUAGUUUGUGUAUAUUGGCAGAGCUCUUUAUAACUAAAGCAGACAAAUUUUUUUGUACUCUGCAGUCAUCUGGACACUUAAUUCUCAGUAUAUGCAACUGUGAAUAGCAACUCAAAAACAUUAGUUUAAUAUCUCAGACUAAUAGCUUUAGGCAUCUAAGAGCUCUAUAUGUGCUUGUACAUAAAGCUUUAUUUCAGAGGGUAUUUUUUUGUGCUUUUGAGACACUGUUUCAGCUAUAGGUCAGCAGAUUAAGUGCUGGUCGGUACUGGUAAUAAAACUUUAUUUUAAAAUAUUUUCAUUUAAUAUGACUUGCACUACACUAAGAAAAUGCCCAUUUCACUGCCCUGUGGUAAUAAUAUUCUAUAAAGCACUCUUAUUUCUUGAUACCUAAGAAUGAAAUAAAUAAAGUAUAAAGAAACAUUUCUGCUUCUAGUUUGUUUCUUAGUGUUAAUAAAGUGGUGGUGACUGUGUUAAAAUGUUUCUUGAAGAUGGAGCUGUGGCAAAGUGAUAACUCUUUUGGGCAGGGGGGAGAAGUAGCACCUUUAAAAUACAUCGUGUGAUGUCCUUGGAUGUCUCUGUGUUCUGAAAUAAGAACACUGAUAAUCAGGCUGACAUAGUUCGUAGCAAAAAGGGGAGUGGAUGAGUCAUUUAGCUUUUAAUCACUUGGGAUAAGAAGUGUGGAAUGUUAAAGACAUGUAGUCAGCAUACUUCAUCGGUGUGUUUGUGCACAUGCAUAUGAGAACACUGAGGUCUAGACAAACCAUUUUUGUAGGCUGUAGUCCUGGUUCUGGGGGUAGGGUGAUAAGUUGGGUGGGAGUACUGCAGCAGGGGUUCUCAGAGGUUCUGUGUUUCAGUGUUUGUGCCUUCCAGUGGCAGCAGUCCUCUGCAAUCCCUCUAUUUCUCAAGGCAUCACCCACAAGAGAACUUCAGAAUUUAUUUCUAAAAACAAUGUGUUUUCAUAUAAAGUGCUUUACAAAGCUAUUCUGGUAAUUGUUGAAACCUUUUAAAAGAUCUUCAUACCCUAGGCUAGAAUUUGGAUAGAUUGUAGGAGGCGCAAGGUGGUUUCUCUGAGAGCGAGGUCUUGGCCUUGUGGGAGGUCAGGAGAUUGGCUGCUGGAGCCCUGCUGCCCUCUCCCUGCUGCUGCAGAGUUCCUGGGUGCCAAGCUAAGGAGGGAGGAGGAGCUUUUGUGUCUGGAGGUGGCAGUGUAUAGGCCUGCCAGGCGCUCCCAGGAGCAGGCAUUGAGAGGGGGUAGGAGAUCCACAGUUAACUGGAUUGUUAACAGCUUUAGGGCGUGGGAGGCUUCAUUAUCAGAGCCGUAGUGGUGCAGAUGUGGGACCUCAUCCCAAGAGGUGUGGAACAAGGAGGCUUUAACUUCCAGGGUUAAAGGUAGCAUUCACACCCACCAGGGUGGAAGGUCAGCCGUGUUGAGAUCUCAAGUCAGUUGAUCCUUCUUACUUGGAUGAUGAUGGGCAUCUGUGUCCAGGUGGGACUUGGCUUCAACUGGAACCCAGGUAGCUGAAGGUACUUGGUGUGAUGAAAGGCAUCAUAGACUUCUCAGGCUAAAUGUGAAGUAUUACGUGGUCUAUAGGUAGUUACUCUGAAUUCUGUUUCUAGACUGCACUACUUACUUGCCUGGCAAGCAGCAUGAGUAGGUGUCUGCGUUUUCCCAGGGGAGCUUCUUGUAAUGAUGAGCUUCCUGUUAAAAACAGACUCCAGGCUUUGCAGUAUGGAGACUUACGUUGAUUUCUGGCCAGAAAUUACUCUGUGUUUAUUAAGGGUAGGUUCUUGAUGUGAACCUGUUUAUUCUUAGUUGAGAUGAACUACAAUAGUUUGGACAUUGGACAUGUCGAUGCCAGCCUUUCCUGGUAGAGUGUGUGUAGUGUGACCAUACCUAGGUGGUGUCUAGAGCAGGUGUGUUGAGUUCACUGACUGCUACAAAGGAAAGCACGUUCAAGGUUCAUCUGGCUUUGGAGGUACAGCUUGUUGGGCCCAAACUCAACACACAAAAGCAGUUUGUGUGGCUGUGAUCAUGGUUUGUGUGGACUCUGCUGUGUGGGAUCACUGGUACCACGGUACCCAUUGGAAGAUGGGAGCGACCAACAGCCCGUGGGCUGCUUGGCUGUGCAUUGAGUCUCGCUGGCGUCUGCACAGAGAAACUUCCAGAGGUCAUCUGGGUCUGUUAGAGAAAUUGCAUUAAUCUGCAGUGGUAUCGUGAGGAUCUGCUUCCGUCAUGUGCCAGCAGGACAGUUACAGGUAAGUGAAAUUAAGAAAGGGACCUGAUGUCAGCAGUGACUUUCUUACAGGCAAAACUGGGACAGUCACUUGGCAGCAUGUUCUUCAGCUGUCCCAAAGGGUUGUCACAGUGACUUUGAAGUCACUGAAAGUCUCCUUUCUGGGCUGACAGAGCCAGGCUUAGUCAGGAGCAAGGUCUUUGGAGAAUAACAGUGUGGGUGCAGAUGGUUCCGUGGCUGGUGUGUAAUGAGCAUGUAGAUAAGUCUGACAUAAUGGCUAGAGACCUAUGAGCUGGCUGCAGAAGGUGGAGCUUGGAGGGUUGGGAGAGUAGCUGCUGCAGAAUCCAUAUAUUGUUUUCCACUGUUUCUGCAAUGUCUUGACACUGAUUUUGUAUCUUGAGCACUAAUUGUGUCCACACCUGCACAGAUCACUUUUGCUGCUUCUGAAGAAAGAGAAAAAUGUGAGAAUAGGCAGUUCUGAAACUAGGUUAGGGAAAGGUGGUGACAGCUACAAUUGGGAUUACUGUGUGAUUUUAAAACGAGAGGAAGGAACUUGGGAGCCUUGCCAGAAGACUGAAGCCAUUUUCUUUCCAGUCAUUUAUGACUUGGAGUAAAACUGUUCAUCAAAGAACCAAUCCGCCCAUCAACAUCCUCCCCAAUCCUGUUUAUUACUACCCCAAUGCUGGCCCUCUUACUAGCAAUCACUAUCUGAACUCCACUUCCAAUCCCAUUUCCCCUCGCAGACAUAAACCUUGGACUACUAUUCAUACUAGCCAUGUCAAGUCUAGCAGUAUACUCCAUCCUAUGAUCUGGAUGAGCCUCCAACUCAAAAUAUGCCCUAAUCGGGUCUCUACGGGCAGUAGCCCAAACAAUUUCAUAUGAGGUCACCCUAGCAAUUAUCCUACUAUCCAUUAUCCUUCUUAGCGGAAAUUA